AAAAAAACUGUUUGUCAAUAAUAAAAAAAAUAAAUAAAUAAACAUAUGUAACUGACCAACAUUAUACUGACAUAAAAGAAUCUGCAAAUUUCAGUCAUAAACUAUAACUACAUAGUUAACAUAACACUGAGUAGAAAAUAGAUGAAAUCUGUCAACGUUUCCAAAUAUAGUACAGUGUUGUGAUUUAAAUUAUCAAAGAAUAGAGAAGAAUUUAAAAAAACACGAAAUGAGCUGGCAAGACCUCGGCUUCAAGUGGAAAAAAUAAGUGUUAAAUAUAACAUUGAACGAAGAGGAAUUGUCGACUCAAGUGCGAAUGAGGAAACGUGGCUAAAUUUCAAUUCGAGUGAUUCACCGCUUCACCGCAGGUUGAUGAUGAUUGCAUUGAUUGUCAUCUUGUUCGGAUCUGUCAUGGGGAGUGAUGAUCACUUUCAGCUUCUUCGAAGACGUGAGAAUUUCAACUCCCUGUCAAUAUGACAGCAACUGUGUAGAAAAUGCCUACUGCCGGGUUGAGUUUUGUUAUUGCAAAGAUAAUUACGUCCUUGACAGAAAUCGCACCCACAUCAGGUGUUUACGAAUUGCUCGAGGAAUGGGAGAUCCCUGUGAGAAAGAUGUCCAGUGUCAACUAAAGUUUGGCGCUGAUGCAGAAUGUUUAGAAAACAGAUGCGACUGUUCCUCUCUUUCACGCUUUGUUGAAGAGAGGUGCUACAAAACAGCAGGAUUAGGAGAUUUAUGUCAAUCGAAUAGAAAUUGCUAUGUGGAGGGAUCAAGGUCCUUCUGCGUGACUGGACGUUGUGUCUGUCCUCUUCUUCAACAUGCCAGUUCUGAUAGAACUCGAUGUGUAAAAAGUAUAUUCUUACAAGAGGAAUGUACAAGGGAUGAGGAAUGCGUCGUCGAAAAUUCGAGGUGCUUUGGAAAUUGCACUUGUGAUAUCUCUCAUGUGAUGUCCGCUGAUAAAAAAGAAUGUCUGAAAAAAGCUGAUGAGGUUGGCGAACCUUGUCAAGAAGAUUCUCAGUGCCAGGACCCCCUUAAGUCCGCAAAAUGCCAAGAUGGAAAGUGUUCUUGUAACAAAGGAUACCAUCGAAGAUCAGGGGCUUGUUUUUGCAGCAUUGGAUUGAAUCAGUCUUGUGAGAACCACCAUCAGUGCACGACCCCGACGAAUAUGGAUUCGAAUACAAGUUCUGUGACUAAUGUCGAUUGUAUUAAUGGAGUUUGCACCUGUGCUGAACACCAUACCUUUACUUCGGAUGGCCUUGAUUGUAUUGGAUAUGCUGAAAAUGGGGUUUCGUCAUGGAGGCUGAGUAGUUCGAUUGCUUUAAUUAUUGCUUCGUUUAUUGCUGUCAAUUAAUAGCAAUUGACAUUGACUUAAGACUCAGGUUAAUAACUAGCAUACCAGCAGUAUUUAUUAAUGAAUAACAGAAUUACGUUAAUUGAUUACACCAAAGCAAUCCUAGUUUCUUCAUAAAUUAUUCUACAGAUAUAAUUUAUUUACAUAUGCGGGCGAUGCCCAUUUGAUCGCUGAGGGAUUGCCAGACACAGUCACUGACCUUUGCCAGAAGGGGGAGGGGGAUUCUUUUGUACUAAUAGGGAAUAAAGUAAGAAAUAUAACAAUGUUUUUAUUUUUAAAUUAGUAAUUUAGAAAUAUUAUUUCGAAAUUUACGUCUUCUUUGCGAUUCUGCUAUAUAUGAUUCCUAUUUUUGAAAUUCUGAAAUGUUAAGUUUUUCAAUUGGAAAAGUUCAGUUCGAAAUAUGCUUUAUUCAUUUUGAAAUAAAAAUGUAUUCAAUUUGCAAUGCC